CUUCCACUGUACCAUCCAAAAUGUCAACCGAAGUUAUCGUAUUUAUUGCUUUCUUGGCAGUAGUUAACGCUGGAGUUCUCAUUCCAGCAGGACAAGCCGUAGUAGACAACGAUCAUCAAUACACUUUUGGAUAUAGUGUUGAUGAUCCUUACACAGGUGAUAGCAAAAGUCAAGUUGAAACAAAAAUUGGAGGGGUUGUGAAAGGUCAAUAUUCACUGAACGAACCUGACGGCACCCGCCGGAUUGUUGAUUAUACAGCUGAUGAUAUCCAUGGUUUUAAUGCUGUAGUAAGAAAAAACCCACAAGUACAAACCCACGUAUUAGUACCAGCUGUAGAAACUAAAAUAGCUGCUCCCACUCCAGUAGUAUCAAAUGUCUCUCCUGUUGUUGAAAUAUCUAGUGUUACGGCAUCGCCAAUUGUAGAAGCUAAAAAUUCCGCUGUUACCAAAGUAACAAACGUUCCUACAGCUUCGGUAGUUUCUCAUUUAUCAGCUGGACCAGUUUCUCACGUCUCACAAAUUCAUACUGUCAUUCCAGAAACUAGAAUUACUCAAACUUCGCAUGUCGUACAAGCCCCUCCUUUACCUUACAGUGUCGCUGCUUAUUACACAACCCCAGUUAGACGUUACACGUAUUCCGUUCCUCAUAGUUAUGGAUUUUGGAACACGCCAGAAUAUUACUCACCUUACCCGUACAGUUUCUACCAAUGAACAGAUUGAAAUAUUACGUAUUGCUUUGGACGUGAUAUAAUAUAAUAAUUCUUUUUUGAAUUCUGAUGUGUUUCUUUGUAUAUUUUUAUAAAUAAACAUUAAAAUUU